AUGGCACCUUUUGAAGAUAUUUAUGUUAGAAGGUGUAUAUCUCCAGUUGGAUGGUUUGAUGUUGGUAAGUCCUCACUCCGUGGCCCAGAGAUUAUCUAUGAAGCUAUAGAGAAGGUUCGAAUCGUAAGGGAUAGACUGAAGACAGCCUAUAGUCUGCAAAAGUCUUAUGCCAACAAUCGAAGAAGAGAUCUUGAGUGUGAAAUAGGUUAUCAUGUCUACUUGAAGAUUUCACCUAUAAAAGGGUUGAUGAGAUUUGUUAGAAAGGAGAAGUUAAGUCCCCGGUAUGUUGGUCCUUAUGAGAUUUUACAACGAAUUGGGAAGGUUGACUAUGAGUUGAAACUACCUAAUGAACUAGCUUCGGUUCAUCCGGUUUUUCAUGUUUGUAUGCUGAAGAAAUGCAUAGGCGACCCGGUAUCCAUUCUGCCUAUAGAUGGUUUAGGAGUGGAUGAGAACCUCUCCUAUGAAGAUGUUUCGAUUGACAUCCUAGAUCGCCAUGUCAAGAAGUAUAGAAACAAGGAGGUUGCCUCUUUAAAAGUUCAAUAG